UUUCGAUUAAUUUCCACAUUUUCACAGCAAUGCCCCCACGUUAGCAGUUAGAAGGUGGAUUUGUCGCCAGCUGAUGAAAUGACGUCAUUAGAAAAAAAUGGCAAACCGAAAGAAUAUAUGGAAGAAGACAUAACAUAUAAUAGGAAACACAAAAAGCAUGGGACGAGGAAGACCGCUAAGCAAUUUUGGAUAUUCAAUAUAUGUUUUUUGCUGGCAUUUGCGCCAUACCUCUCAAUUAUGGGCUUACAAAGUAGUAUCAACAUCGAGGAAGGCAUUGGAACACUUUCCUUGGGAGUGGCUCAUGCAUCGUCAAUUGUUUUUGCUAUAUUUAUAACUCCCAUUGCUAUCAGAAGAUUUGGAUCACAUCGUGCAAUUGUCAUUGGAGAAUUAGGAUAUUUGAUUUACAUUUUGGCUAACUUUUACCCCAAAUCUUAUAUCAUGAUAAUUGCCGGCGCUUUAGUUGGAUGUGGCGAGGCCUUGGUGUGGACGGCAUUACCUAUGUAUUUUUGGCAUUUUGGGUAUCAACAUGGAGAGUUUGGAACCAAACCGUUUGAAUCAUAUGUUUUGAAAUAUAAUGGCCUAUUUUACGGGAUGUUUCAAUUGGGUCAGAUUUUUGGCAGUUCUGUCAGCUACGGCGUAUUAUCUGGAUUCAAAAAAAAUGCACAAGGAUUAUCUAAUUCGAACAACUCAUCCGCAAAUCUUUUUCAAGAAAACGAAACGGACUUGAAACCACACCUUCAAUAUCAAUACUGUGGAGCAAACGAUUGUCAAAGUCCGAAUGUUACCAGCGAAAACAUUGAUAGCUACGUUCCAGCUGAUUCGUACUCAGUGUACAUCCUAAUUUCUAUAUUUUGUGCAAUGUCUCUCAUUGGAAUUUGCCUUCAUUUUAAAUUUCUUCCGAGAGCGAACACAAAGCCACUAGAAGUUGAAUCUAAUGACCAUGACGUGUUGUACGAAAAGAAAAAUACUGACGAUGCAAGUAAAAUCAUUACCCAGAAUUUCUCGUAUGUAUCAACUCUUAAGCAUACAUACAAGCAAUUUUUCAACUCAAAACAAUUGCUGGUGUCACCUGUUCUGUUUUACAUUGGAAUAUUCGCUGCCUUCAUAUACAGUGAAAUGAAUAGAGCUUACGUGUCGUGUGUGCUUGGGGUCGAGCUAGUGGGAGCUGUAAUGAUUGUUUACGCAUUUGUCAGCGGCUUUAUGUCAGCAUUAACGCCAAGAAUAAUCUCUAAAUUCGGUAGAAAUAUUGUAAUGAGUAUCGCAUGCGUGAUAGACUUGUUAAUCUUCAUAUUCUGUUUGCUGUGGAGGCCACAAGAUGAUACAAAGUACCUUGUUUACUUGGUUGGUGUUGUGUGUGGCCUUACUGAUGGAACGUGGACGAACUGCAGCAUGGAUUUUUACACGGAAUAUUUUCCGCAUAAUCAAGAAAUUUCUUUCACGGUCUGGAAUUUUUGGAUAACGCUUGGAUCAGCCGUUGCAUACUUAUGGAGUCCCCACUUAUGCGUCAGUGUAAAACUUUACAUUGACAUCGGAUUGCUUAUAUUUAGUAUGAUGUGCUAUGCGGGAGCGGAGUACAUUCAUAAUAAAGAAAAGAUACUUGUGCACAAAAAGAAGAAUAAUCAACACUCAAGCGUUACUAACAACCAACACCGCUAAAAUAGCCUCAACUCUUUGUCCCUCUUUGUCAAAUAUGUUGUAGUUGUCACCUAAACAUUUAAUAUUCUGAAGCCAUAAAACAAAUUUUAAUCAAUGCUAACUAUGCAAUCAAAAGAAACUAGCAAACUAUUGACAAAAUGCGGGAAAAAUUGCAAAUUUUCCAGAGAGGUCAAUGAUUAAAUAGGGCCUGUUUAAAGUGUACGCUCAAACGCUUUUAGGCAACUUCAAUACUCAAUUUAAAAAUUGGUAUUAUAUAAUCAUCUCGAAUUAUCAUGUGGUGGGAGAGGUUGCUCUUGCAUGUUACUUGUCUCCUUUUAUGGCAAGUGAUUAUUACUACUUAUCGAUCUCGAUCGGUAAGUAUUUUGAUAGGUAUUUGUCUGUUAGACACUUUCGUUACGCGAUAUUUCACGAAAGCGAGGUUGAAUCUGCUCCAAAUGUUGUAUUUGCAUUCAUCAUA